AUGGUCUUUCCAGGAAAACUUGACCAUGCAGAAAGUGCUGUGAUGCCCAAGACCAAGAGUUGGAUCCGCACCUCUUUGGAUGAGAUGUCUUGCAUGAGUGCAGAUGAUCAUGGCAUCUAUCUCUGGCUGAACGCCCCCUCUGUUGGGAUUAUUCCGUCGGAGAAGUACGACUACUUUCUGACAUGCAUCGCUUGCUUCCUUUCGGAUUGGCCCAAGAACUCGAUUUGCAUCAUCAUCCACCCCAAUCGGGCUGCCCAAAUGGACAAGAGGAAGGGCAUGGUCAAGAAAAGGGAUCCAGGUGAUGAUGAUGAACCCGAAUCGAAAGUCGAUCCUGAUGCAGAUGUCAAGGGAGAGUGCAAGGAUGAGGAUAGCGGAGCUGAGACUGAGGAUGGCAAAUCGAAAGCUACUGUCCCAGGGGAAGAAGCAGACGUCAGGGACAUCAUCUACAACCUGGAGAAAGAUUUGCGCCUCAAAGAACGCAACCUGAAGAUGAGGCAAGACAAGCACAAUCUGAUGAAGCAGACCAGAGCUUGGAAACAAGGUGUCAUUCAUGGCGUCUCAAUGUUGCCCCGCAAUGAGAUGUGGAAACCUGAUUCAGCAUCGCCAGCACGUACUGGCGUUCCGUUACCUCACUUGGGACGGGCGUUCACAGACGUGCAAGAGCUCAAGCAGGUUGCUGGAGGAACCGACAUCAUCAAAAAGACCAUGGAAGCAUUUUGCAUUCCGACAGCCAAAGCAAAUGCCCUGAUUGAUCUACACGCCUAUGAUGGAGCCACGGCUCUUGCUGCUGUCGAGGAGAUCCAGCAGGGGCGCUCUACUAUUUGUGCAUCGAUGGUGUUGGGGAAUUCAGGAAGUGAACUCGCCAACCGCAUCUCCAAUCGCAUAUAUGAACUCUGUCGCACAAGGGCGAUGGAUCUCCCGUCAUUCCCCAACUUUGACCCUCUGGUGGAAGCUCUUCGGGAAGGUGGUGCAGUGACCUCUACCGCAACUUACAAAGUGUGUGUGCAGCAGCACGAUCGGUUGAAAGUGCUGGAGAGCAUGGCAGGCAAAUGGAUGCAAACGGACUGUGUGAAGGACCAGGCGGAGAGCAUGAUCAAACAGCACAACGAGAAAUACAAUCCAAACGCUGAACUAUGGGUUGAAGACAGGAGGGAACAGCCAGCUGCUUCUUCAUCGGCAGAACAGUCCACACCUGCCACGAUCGAGCCAUCACAAGUUGCGACAAAGGAGCAAGUGGCCAGUUUGGCAAAACCGAUCAAGCUGACCAUCAACAACACUUGCGAUCUCAUGUGCGGAGGUGAAGAUGGAAGCUUCCUCUAUGUGUGCUCAACUGGCAGGUUUAGCUUUGGAAGUGGCGAGUGGAGGGAUGGUCAGGAUGCCAAAGAAGUAGCAGCUGAUGCAGACGGGCGGUGGUUCGCCUUCAAGCUGGAGACUACGUCCAAGCUGGUGUUGGAGAAGAAGAACAUCCCGGACCAUCUUUCCAGUUUGGAUUGCCUCGAUGUGCCAACCACCGUGGACAACGUGAUCCGGGAGUUGGAGGAUGAGGGAGAGGUCAAGAUCCGUAUCUCACAUCACACUCUUAAGAAGAGUGAUUCUACGAUCACCCCUGCCAAAGAUCUUGUCUUCGUCUUGGACGAGCCCCCCGUGGAAGGGCCCAAGAAGAAACGCAAAGCAAAGAAUGGGAAAGAGCAGGAUUCUACGGCAGGUGUUACGGUCAAAAACUUCGGUUCGAACCUGUUGGUCCCCAAGAUCAAAACUUCGAAGUUUAUCAGCAUCUGUUGGAGGUGUCGCUUGGACAGUCCAGGGGCAGCUAUGAUCGAUCGGAGUGAGAAAAUAUCAGCUGUGCUGCAGCCCGCUUUCAACUUGAAUGACUUCAUCAAUGAAGGAUCGGCGAGGAGCACAGUAGCAUCGCCAGCACCGAAGAACAGACCUUCGCCGCCAGCAUCUGCAAAGAGUGCACCUGCACGUAGUCGCCCAACCAAAGAAGACACCUUGCCGCCACGAUUUCAUGCUUCAGACUCCUCUGAGAAGAACAACUCCCCGGACGAGGACGAGGAAAAGAAGAAAAGUGUGAGAAAGGGGAGCAAGAAGCCCAAGGAUACAGCUCCAAAGGAAAAAAAGAAAACCAAGGAGGAAUCCAAGAAGAAGUCAAACAAACGAAAGGCAGCCGAUGAGGAAGAAGAGGAUGAGGCACCUGAUGCUGAUCACUCUCCCAUCGUUGAUUCCGAUGAUGAUAUCAAUGGUGAGGGUGGUCCCGAUGAAGGCACAGCACCAAGUGGGAAAAAUGAUGCAUCAACCAAGAAGAAACCAGCAGCAGCAAAGUCAGCGAUGAAGAAGCCGGCAGCCGCCCGUGGCAAUGCUCGCAAGAAGGAAAUGAAGGAGCGACUUCCCUUUCAACAUCUCAUUGAAGAUCAGCAAGACAAGGGCCACCAUCACGAUGAUGUCAACGAUAAUGACAAGCCUGGCUCGUCUGAACAGUCUCGACGUGCCAAAAGUCUUGAACGUGAUGUGGCUGGUAUUGGGAAGUUGUUACGGAAAGAUGCCAAAGUGUUCAGUGAUAUGUACUUGCCGCCUGACAAUCAGCUGGGUGAUGAUUCCAUCCCACAGUCGCCAAGCUGGACUGUGAUGGAUGAUCAAGCUGCUGCUUCGGCUUCUCAGGAGACCGUUGCACUCUCUCCGAGUUGUCAGUUUCAGCUUCCUGAAGACUCUCCUACCACGCGCUUUUGCAAGUGGGCGCAGCAUGUGGUUGAUGACAUUGGUGGGCAACUCGAGAAGCUGGACACAAUGGUGAACGAGAAAGAAGGCGACAAGAAAGAGGAAGACACAGUGAUCCAACUAGCAAUGGCUCUGACGGAGUGUGCCCGUCCAUUGUCACCAAGGUGCCUUGAUCGGCUACUUUCAGGGGAAGCUUUGGACAAGAACGCAGACGAGGACAACAGCGGCAACACAGCUCCUGGAUUUGCAAAGGAUGCAAGUUCGAACGUCAGUGAAGCACCAGCACCAGCACCCUUCGUUGAGAUUGAGGAGGCCGACCCACUUGUGGUUGAGAAUGCCCUGAAGACUCCGGACCGGAAGAAAGAAUCUCCGAAGAGCCCUGAGGCCAACCAUGAUGCUUCAGAGCCAGAGGAGGCUUUGCAAAGCAAACCUGCCCGUGGCAAACGUGCACCUUUGGCUAGCCGAGAUGCCAGCAAAGGAAAAAAACCUGGCAGAGGCAGCAAAAACAAAGAAGUGCAGGUUGAGCCUGAGCAGAAAGGAGCACAGAAGAAACCACCAAAGGCCAAGGCCAAGGCGAAAGGAAAAGCAAAGGCUGCUGCAAAGAAGACGGACAGCGCACGUGGCGCUGGAGUCAAAAAAGUUGAAAAAACAAAGCUCAAGAAAAGAGCUGAGAAGAAGGAGAUCCCUGAGACCAAAGAGUCAAACAAGGACGACGGCAAAGAGCAGUCAGAACCCAAGGAGAAAGCUGAGCCAGAGGAAUUGCUGAAGAAAAAGUUGCACAGUGUCUACUCGUCAGCCUGGUGCAAAGCCAGAAGUCUGGACAUAAAAGGUGCAGAUCGCAAGGCAUAUGCGCAGAAGGUUCGUGAUGAGUUACUUGGGUUCAAGUCAAACGGUCUGUAA